GUUCGGCCCCUCGGGCCCAUUUGCCAUCCGAGCAGACGCCGUGCUGACUCGUCGUCUCUCUCUCUCGCUGGACCUCGACGUCCGACGCCGCCCCCCGUCGCGAGAGCUAAGAAGGUUCUAGAAGGAAGAGAGGCGAGGCGAAACCGCCACAGCCUCGGCGCCUGGAUUCCCGGUCCUACCCCUCCGGCGGCGCGCAUGGAUCAGAGGAAGGCCCUGUUCCGCGCCAAGCUCCGCGAGGCCAAGGAGAAGCAGGAGAAGCGCAUCGACCCCUCGCUCGUCAGGUAUAAUGAAUAUGAUCAGCCCAUCUGUAGGGUCUGCAACGUUACGUUGAAAUCCGAAGCACUUUGGCCUGCGCACCAGGUUUCACGGAAACAUCAUGAGGCAAAAGCCGCUGCAGCCGCUAAAGUUACACCAGCUGCAGCUCCUCGUGGCAAUAAUGUCAGUCAUGAACGACCAGCUGAGCCUCAGAAAGCAAAAUCCUCUCCGAUGCCUGCCAAUUUUUUUGACAAUCAGGGAACGAAAAGGCAAAGUGAUGGUACUGGUUCUGAGGGAAGGUCUGUACGUCAUCAAGUGGCUAAUGCUCAACCAGCAACCAAAGAAGCAAGUGCAAAUAAACCAUCUGUCAGGAUGGACCAAGCACCCAAUAAAGGGAAUAAAAGCAGUACCGACGUGAAAGGAAUUCUUCCAGGGAAUUUUUUUGAUUAUGCAGAAGAAGAUGAAGAUGAAGUUCCAACUCCUGCUCCAGCUCCAAAGGAGCCCAAUAGGACUUCGGGCAAUACCACCAACCCCAAUCCCGUGCAGGUGAAAGGUGUCCCAGAUGGCUUCUUCGAUAGCAGUAACACACAGUCCAGUGAAACCAGUGCAUCGUCUCAAGCGGCGAAUAAUGUGGAAACUGCUCAAGUAAAAGCUCUGCCCGAAGGAUUCUUCGAUAACAAAGAUGCGGAUCUCCGCGCACGCGGUAUUCAACCUCCAAAAGUUGACAUCAACGAUGCAUACAAAGAAUUUGAAAAGGAAAUUCAGGAAGACCUCCAGGAAGUUGAUGACCGCCUCGAAGAAGAGGAGAUUGAUGCUGCUGCUGAGAGGGAAGAGUACUUGACCUUAGAGCAAGAGGAGUACAGGCAGCGAGUAGAUAUGCUGAAGAAACAGCUCACCGAGUCAAAAGCCGCACGGACUGCUAAGGCGAACAGCAAACCCAUCGGCAUGGACACGGAUUCCAGCGCCAGCGACUCAUCGAGCGACGACGAAGAAGACGGCACAGAUUUUGCUGUUGACUGGAGAGCGCAGUAUAUGAAAUGAUGUAGAUAGAGAUUGCUCGCUACCGUGAACAAGAAGUCGGUUCUCCAGAUUUUGCAUGAAGAGAGGUCUUUCUCCGUUCCUGUCCUUUUACUUUGAAAACGCACAAGCGACUUUUGAACUAACGCGACGAGACCUGUGAUGGUUACUCAUUAAUGUGAAUAGUCCCUAGUCUUAAGUACUGACAAAUUCCCUCUGCCUGAUUGUAGCGAAUUAUUAUUUUCCCAAGGAAAUGAGUAAAACAACCAAGAACUAUUAUAUGUUUU